GACAACGUUGAUAAUGGUUAUACCAUAAUUAAUGACAGCAGUUACAAUGGUAAUGGUAAUAACAAUGGUAAUGGCAAUGGUAAUUACAAUACCGGAAGCGAAAAUGGUAAUUAUAACGGAAACAAUAAUGGUAACUAUAAUGGUGUAGAAAAACCAGAAGAAAAACCAGAAGAGAAACCAGAAGAAAAACCAGAAGGAAAACCAGAAGAGAAACCAGAAGAAAAACCAGAAGAAAAACCAGAAGAAAAACCAGAAGAAAAACCAGAAGAGAAACCUUCUAGUUCUACUGUAGAAGCUGGUGCUAAAUCGAGUGGAACUAUAAUUGAAAUUUUUUCUAGUACAACUGAUGAAAGUGUUCACACUGAUGAACCAAAACCUUCAAAGAGUAUUGCUGAUAGUCAUGAAACUACAGAUUACACUAUUAUUCAAGCAACUAAUGGUGCUAACAAUUUAUCAAUCAAGUUCAGCACUAUGUUGUUACUUUUAUUAUCUUUUCUUACUUAA